AGACUAAUACAGUAAGAUUUGAAAAUAAUGUUUUGAUUGAAAAAUGACGGAGACGGAUACCAAAUCUGAUACAGACGACCGAAAGCGUAAAUUAGCUCUUGCUCUUGCAAUUUUGGAAUCCUCGGAAUCAAAUGACUCCACCGACGAUGAAAUUUUACAGAUGCUUAUCAAAGAAAGAGUGCUUCGCCCCAAACACAAGAAACGACAAAGUUUAAUGGAAUCGUACGCCGAAGAAGACUUUCGAAGGGAAUUUCGCAUGAAACGAGAAACCUGUUCUAAAAUUAUUAAUGACUUUGAGAAAUCACCCUUUUAUCCCAAGAACGAUUCACAUGGUGGAACACCAAAGUCUUCUGCAGAAAAUCAUGUUUUAUCAUUUUUGAAGUUUGCUGGAAGCAAAACAUGUAUAAGUGAGGUUGCUAGUCAGUUUUGCAUUGGAGAAUCAACUUUUCAUCGGCAGUGUGGGCGUGUAAUGCAUCAUCUCAAUGACAUUGCUCCUAGCAUUAUUAGAUUUCCUAAAGAUAAUGAGGAAAAGAAAGCAAUAGCACAUCAUUUUGAACAAAUAUCUGGUUUUCCUGGAGUAUUGGGUUGCAUCGGAAGCACCUAUAUUCCUAUUCGGGCACCAGCGAAUAAAAAUAAAUCUAGCUAUGUUAAUCACCAGCAACAAAUUUCUAUAACAUUGCAAGGCAUCUGCGACGCAAACGGAGUAUUUCUGGAUGUUUUCACUGGACCACCAAGCAAAAUUCAUGAUGCACGUGUCUAUAAGCUUUCGUUUGUCUAUCAAAGACUGCCUGAACUUUGUUCGGAUGAUCUUCAUCUGAUUGGCGAUGAAACCUACCCGUUAUCUGAUCAUAUGUUGGUACCUUACAUGGGGCAAAACGACCAAACAAGCAUAAACUAUAACAGCGCUUUGCAACUAUCUCUACAACCGGUAGAAAAAUCUUUCCGUCUUUUAAAGCAACGUUUCAAGCAACUGAGUCGUCUUGAUUUUCACCAAGUUGACACAACCACUAAAUUUACGAUCGCUUGUUGCGUCUUGCAUAACCUUUGCAUCCUCGAUAAUGACUUUUUAUUAGAAGACGUCGAUGUCCAGACUUGUCAGUACGAUGGUAACGCAACAAAUCAUUUCUUUGAUAAUCUAUGUUUCGAAGCAUCCGAGCCUUUUGAACUAACCUCAGAAGAGUUGCAAAGCAAACAAAUGGGUGAAAUAAAACGAGAUCGGAUUUCUGCAGAGUUGUGGGUUAAAUAUGGAAAAAGCUGACCCGUAAUAAGUACUAAAAUAUAAAUAGUGUUGCGCUGCUUCUCUAUGACAUUUUUAUGUUGCGGAGAAAACCGUAGAAAAGCACAUUGGAAAACGUGUGGGAGUCUGGGAGAUUAGUGCUUGUUUCUUUAAAAAUAGAUACUUUUAGUACAACUGUGUUCCUCCUAUGGUUGUAUCUAGUAUUUCUUCGCACCUUGCCUUAUUAAAAACUUGAAUAUGAAAUAAAUCUCAAAUGAAAUACAAA